AUGGGAGGCGCAGAAGACACGCCGCACAGGUCAUCAUCACCGUUAAAAAGACCAGCCUCGGAAUUGGAACCAGAUGCACCGUCGCCAAGCCAAAAGGAAGAUGUCGAUAUGGUCAUGGUUCCGGACACAGACGAAGAUGCAGAGAAUGCUAUUGCAGCUCCAACUGCAGUUAGAGCAGCAUCAAUCGAUAUGCUGAGAGAUGGAUCUACUAUAGAAGCUAGUGCUCAUUCCGGAUCGGCUACCGAGAAUGGUCCAUUCAAUGACCCUAAAUCAGAAGUCCCACCGAUCGACUUUCAGGUUUCGACUGUAACAACAUUGUGCAGAGCAGAGAGUGAGCGACAACGCAGCGAAGGGCGUGAGGGUGAUAAGACAUUCCUAGUUUCGAAGAAGUGGCUUGAGAGAGUUAUCUCGAGAACCUCUGAAGCUAGAGCGAAGAGCAAGGAAGCCUUGGGGGAAGAAAUUGGGCCAAUUGAUAACUCUGACAUCAUUCAACAAAUUAUCCCUCAGCCAGGUCAGGAAGAAUUCGUUCAACUUAAGCAUGGCAUCGGAGAAGAUCUUUUCGAAUUGUUUCCGCUUGACGCGUGGGAAAUGGUUCUCGAAUGGUAUGGCUUAAUGAAGGGCACAAAAGCAGUCGUUCGAUUCGCACACAACACAAACCCGGACAAGAGUCCUGACGCGAUACCGAACGUGGCCUACGAAUAUCAUCCUCCGGUUUUCCGCAUACACCGUGUAUGGUCCGAACUUGGCAAUAAAGUGGAUGCAACCACAAAAUCGGAAAAUCCGGACGCGCCUGUAAUUGUCGCAAGCAGAUCAAUGAGAAUGCAUGACUUCUUGAAAAUUGUAAAGGAGGUUGCACGGAUUCCCAUGAAACAAAAGAUACGUCUUUGGAGAGUGCCAAGAACGUUGCCUGCCGCUGAACCAGCCGUAUCAACUGCUGUUGGUACAUCUACUCCUCCUGCGUCCAGACCUGCUACGCCAGCGGCUGAUGGCAAUACCACAAGCCCGGAACCACAAGAUUCAUGGAAGAAGUUGUUGUUGGAUGUAACAGAAUUUACCAAGGUGGAGAGAGAUUCGGGCAGAAUUAAGGUUGAUUUCGAGGAUUCGACUGUGAAUGAGAAUUACAAUGGCCGAUCGGAUCUGGAUUUCUGUGGGCUUGGGGAUGACCAAGCAAUCGUUGUUGAUGAACUGAUGGAAGGCAAAGACGGCUAUGUCUCGAACACAAAGCCAUCGCCGAACGGCAAACUCAAUGGUGCCGGGCGUAAAGGCAAUUCCAGCUUCAUCGUUAGCAGCCAAAAUAACAGUGGCCGCAAUAGCCCAGCACCGUCAUCUGGAUACAACCUUCGUUCUUCCAAUCGAAGAUCGAAGAAUGGACGGACGCCAGGAACUGUCGGCCUCAGUAAUCUUGGAAAUACAUGUUACAUGAAUUCCGCUCUGCAGUGUGUUCGAAGUGUGGAAGAGCUAACCAAGUAUUUUUUAAAUGCUUCGUACAAGGCAGAGCUUAAUGGUGAUAAUCCUCUGGGCCAUGGAGGUGCCGUAGCGGAGUCAUAUGCGGAUCUCCUGAGAGACAUAUACAAGGAACCUCCUCCUAUCUCAGUCCAACCGCGCUACUUUAAGAACACUGUCAGCAGAUUUGCCACUCAAUUCUCUGGAUAUGGUCAACAAGAUUCUCAGGAAUUUAUUGGAUUUUUACUUGAUGGCCUCCAGGAAGAUCUCAGCAGAGUGAAGAAGAAGCCGUAUAUCGAGAAGCCCGAUUCAACUGAUGAAAUGAUCGGAAAUCCGGAAGCAAUCAGAGAGAUGGCCACCAAGGUUUGGGACAUCACCAAACAACGAGAUGACUCGGUAAUUGCAGAUUUGUUCACUGGAAUGUACAAGUCCACUCUGGUCUGCCCGCAUUGUGACAAGGUCAGCAUCACUUUCGAUCCUUUCAACAACAUGACUUUACAACUCCCAAUUGAAAAUAUGUGGACCCGUACCGUCGCUUUCUUUCCACUCAAUGAUAGACCAGUCUCUAUUGCUGUUGAGAUCGACAAACAUGCAAGCUUUGGGACACUUAAACGUUGGGUCAGCAAAAAGGUUGGAGUUCCAGUAGAGAGAUUAUUUACUUGUGAGGUGUAUGAGGGGAAAUUCUACAAAUGGUAUCAUGAUCAUCUUCUUCCCACAGAAGCCGUUGAAAACAGCAAAGAUUUGGUUACGCUAUUCGAAUUGGAGGCGCCACCUACAAAUUUGCCGAAGCCUGAGAAGGCCAAGCAUAAUACGUUUGGCAAAAACAAUUCCGAAAUUGAUGAACAUUUACCUUGGGACUCUCCUGAGGCUGAGAGGUUACUCGUUCCCGUGUUUUAUCGUCGUCUCAAGCACGGAUGGAACAAAAAAAAUAAUUCAUGGGACAUCACAACCACUCCUCAUUUUAUAGUAGUUACCCCUCAAGAGGCACGAAGUGAAGAAGCAAUCAAGCGAAAGAUUUUAGAAAAAGUUGCAACGUUUACCACGUGGCCCCGUUUUAGUGAUGAAGACGAUCCUUCAAGCGCUUCUGAAAGUAUCGACCCGGACCUGGUCGUCACUACUGGUUCUGAUGCAGACUCUUCUGGAGACGGUAAAUUUGUUGCUCAUUCUUUGGAUGGUGAAGACGAAUUAGUCGACGUAGCUAUGAAAGAUUCUAACUCUGCUCGCGAACCUGUUGGGGAUCGUCCCGCUGCUCCUCUGAAAGCCUUCAACACUCGUCGACCAAGAUGGGUAGAUCCGGCAGAAUUCCUCUCUGGAGAAUUGCAGAAUCUUUUUGAAAUCUCCUACAUCGCUGAUUCACACGGAGGAAUGCCAAAAGCUUGGGGUGUGAAUGUUGAAACCACCACUUAUCCAAAGAUAUCUGAAAGGAAUCCGCAAGUACAUCAGAUGAAUGGCGAUGAUACCUCAAACGAAUAUGAUGCUAUAGACAGCAGAGCUGGAUCGAUUUCCAGUAGGUCUAGCAAGGACAGCAACGAUAAUGUUAAUGGCUUUGUCCCAGCACCAACGAGGAUGGCUGAAGAGUCGAGCGAGGAAGAUGAUCUCAACCCGAUUUCUCCUCCUAGGGCUCUUCCAGUCCGGCCGGCUCCAAGAUCUAGCGGCAGGCUGCAAAAAAGCGGCCACAACUUGAAGGUUGAUUCUGAACAAGAUGCUCCUGAUGAUGGUCCCUUGAUUCGUCUUGGUGAAGGACUUGUUGUUGAUUGGAAUGAUGAUGCAUGGGAUACUUUGUUUGGGGCUUACAACGACAAAGAGGAAUCCCGUGGCAGACCUACUUAUACAAAUCUUCCUGUUCUUCACGAUCCGGAGCUUGUCUCAAAGCGUAAAGCCCGUGAUACGAGAAAAAAGCAGGGUGUCACUCUCGAGGAUUGCCUUGAUGAGUUCGGCAAGGAAGAAAUUCUAUCGGAAAUGGAUACUUGGUAUUGUCCCAGAUGCAAAGAACAUCGUAGAGCAAGCAAGAAGUUCGAAAUCUGGAGAACGCCAGAUAUCCUUAUCAUGCAUCUCAAACGUUUCAGCUCUAGUGGUAUGCGAAGAGACAAACUCGAUAUUCUCGUUGAUUUUCCAAUUGAUGGAUUGGACCUUUCCUCCCGAGUUAUUGAAAGACAAGAUGGCAAAGAGGAGAUCUACGAUUUGAUAGCAGUUGAUGAUCACUGGGGUGGUAUGGGUGGAGGUCAUUAUACUGCCUUUGCGAAGAAUUUCGUCGAUGGCAAGUGGUAUGAAUAUAAUGAUGCCUCUGUUUCACAAACACAAGAUCUUGACAAACUGGUCACACGUGGCGCUUAUCUCCUCUUCUAUCGAAGACGUUCAUCAGAACCCCUUGGUGGUAAAGCCUUGCAAGAAAUCACGUAUGCAUUUGACAAUGUCUCUUCAGAUGAGGAACUUUCGGGGGAAGGCCUACGCCUCGGCGGAAACUCCUCCCAACAUGGGUCGCCGAGCGCCUUGGAAGGAGUCGCAGCAGCUCACCAUCAACCAGAUCUCCCUGGUUCGGAGGAUGGCGAGGCGAUGACGACAGUAAAUCAACAGGAUCUUGAGCAAGGGUCGAAUUAUGAUGUUCUUAAUCAAGGUGGUGAACCAUUUUCCGGCUUCAAUAAUAUUCCCUUUCAACAUUCAGAUAUUGACGUCCUAGAAAGUACUGAAGCUGACGAAGGUAUAGACAUGAGCGUUGAUUACAAUAAUGUUGCACCAAACAUCAAUCAACAGCCAUGGAGCUGGCAACGCCUUAACCAGAAUUCCCCAACCUUUCCCUCUGGCGCAGCCUCCGAAGCCGGUGGCGAAGCUGGUAGCGUAGGAGGUUCAGGUGAUUUUGAAGCUGGCAGCUUAGUUGGUAGCGACGGGAUUGAACAUGGUUCCAACCCAGAUGAGACUACCAAGGAACAGCGGGUGAAAGAAUUCAGUGACGCUAUACCUGACGAAGAGUAUCAUCAAGAAGAUUAUAUACCCGAUACUGAUCAUGUGGGACCAAGUACCAGUGAGAUCAUGGCAAAAUCAGCUGCGAUGAAAGAGCAUAUUCGCGCACAACAACACAAUUACGAAGUUCCGGUCGAUGAUAUUCAAGGAGACGAAAUCGAGGAGCCUGCUGCUGAAAUACAUGUCGAGGAAGGUGAAGGAUUGAAAGUGGAUUAA